UGAGCUGGAGCAGUAUGUCGGCUCUCUGCAGAAAGACUCAGCAGCGACACACAGAGUAGUGACCCUGAAGGACGUGGAGGAGGGAGCGGUGACUCUGAGGAAGGUGGGAGAAUCUCUGGCAGGGCUCAAAGGAGAGUUCCCGGCCCUACAAACCAGAAUGCGGUCAGUGCUGCGGGUGGAGGUGGAAGCUGUCAAGUUUUUGAAGGAGGAGCCUCAUAAACUGGACAGCAUGCUGAAAAGGGUCAAGAGCCUGACGGACACACUCAGCAGUCUGAGAAG